AUGAGUGUUCUAGACAUUGGUUCACUCUACAGUAUGUCUUUAGUAUCAACGUUAUUCAAUGAUUUAUCAAAUGAUUUCGAAAUCUGGAAACCAAAAUGUAGAUUAAAUAAUAUGAAAAGAAAUUAUUUGGAAAAGAUAACAUUAUUAACCAACCCACAAACCAUCUCAACGGAGAAACAAACAUUUCACCAGUUAAAGUCAUCGAUUAUGACGACUAGAGAGUGUAGAUUCUACACGGACGAUCUCACGCCCUAUUCCGAUGAAGCCGGUGCCUGGAAGAGAUUGUACAAUGAUCUAGGUUCAAUUCUAUUCAAUAAUAGCUACGACUUGAUUGCGUCGGCAAUAGAGUCAUCUUCGUGUGACUCUGAAACACAGGAUAUUGAAAAUACAUUAGUACCAAAUAAGAAAUUUUGGAGUUCAAAAGGAUCAAAUGAUAUAUCUUCAUCUGAAUAUCUGAUAUACAAGUUGGAGCAAUCAGUGUGUAUAGUUUCAUCAGUUCAAAUUCAUGUAUAUAAAGCAUUUUUUCAACCAUCUUCACCUAUUUAUUCACCACAAACCAUUCGUAUCUCUGUUGGAUUCUCACCAAACAACAUGCAUUUCAUCUCUGAAGAGUUUAUCGUAGAACAAACCGAUGAACCACAAACAUUCUAUUUCGAUCCAAGAUUGGUUGUUGGAGGAUAUAUAAGAAUAGAUCUUUAUGGACAUCAUCAAACACAGACUAGCGAUGGAAUGUAUUACACUGUGAUAAGAUAUGUUUGUGUGGAUGGUCGAUCUGUUGGAUGCAUUGAAAACAAACAGGAGCUCUGUCUCUCCAUGUUAAAGUUUGCAACGAAACACAUUGAUACCAACACCAUUUUGGAGACAGACAAAUUCAAUGGUUGCGACAAUCUCAACCAACUACUUUCUCACCUAAAGAGUCAAAUGGCACUUAAACUCGACAGACUCAAAGUCUACAAUCACGUAAUGAACUCCAUUCUACAAGAUAUAGUUGAAGGUAACCAUAAGAAAGCUGCCUACAAUGCAAUUAAUUUUAAUAUGAGAUCAACAAAGAUAUUCAAUCUAUUCUUGAAAACCUCUGAUGAAGCAAUAUCAGAAUUUAAAAAUUAUUCACUUUAUCAAGCAUAUCUUUUCACGAUAACAAUAUUGGAACAAUUGAAUGACAUCAUCACUGUUGAUGAGAUAAAAUCAAUAUUCACAUUAAAAUCAAAUAAUCUUGCUGAUAUUUUGGUUGAAAUAAAGAUGUUGAUAAAAUCAGAGCAUGAUUUCAAACCCAGUAUAAAAAAGAGACUCGAUUCACCACUCAACUCUUUCUUUGCACACUUUAUCAAACAAAAAAAAUAG